GGCCUCUAGGGCGGAGCGGCCACCAUCUUGGAACGGGAGGCGGAGCACAGCCGACUGGGAGCCACCGAGCGGGCCGCCGCCGCCGCCAUGAACCCCGAAUAUGACUACCUUUUUAAGCUGCUUUUGAUUGGUGACUCGGGUGUGGGCAAGUCAUGCCUGCUUCUGCGGUUUGCUGAUGACACAUACACAGAGAGCUACAUCAGCACCAUCGGAGUGGACUUCAAGAUCCGAACCAUUGAGCUGGAUGGCAAAACCAUCAAACUUCAGAUUUGGGACACAGCUGGUCAGGAACGGUUCCGGACCAUCACUUCAAGCUACUACCGAGGGGCUCAUGGCAUCAUCGUGGUGUAUGAUGUCACUGACCAGGAAUCCUAUGCCAACGUGAAGCAGUGGCUGCAAGAGAUAGACCGCUAUGCCAGCGAGAAUGUCAAUAAGCUCCUAGUAGGCAACAAGAGCGACCUCACCACCAAGAAGGUGGUGGACAACACCACAGCCAAGGAGUUUGCAGACUCUCUGGGCAUCCCCUUCCUGGAGACGAGUGCCAAGAAUGCCACCAACGUUGAGCAGGCGUUCAUGACUAUGGCUGCUGAGAUCAAAAAGCGAAUGGGGCCAGGGGCAGCUUCAGGGGGUGAACGGCCCAACUUGAAGAUCGAUAGCACCCCUGUGAAGCCAGCUAGUGGUGGCUGUUGCUAGGAGGGGCACUUGGGUGGGACAGGAGGGGAUGCCUUCUCCAGAUGAUGCCCCUGGAGGGGGCAGGAGGUGCCUCCCUCUCCUGGGGCAUUUGAGUCUGUGGCUUUGGGGUGUCCUGGGCUCCCCAUCUCCCUCUGGCCCAUCUGCCUGCUGCCCUGGGCCCCGGUUCUGUCAGGGCCCCAAGGGAGGACACACAGGACCUAUACAGGGCUGGGGUUGGCACAGGGACUGCUCUGCUGCUGCCUCUAAGUACCUUGAAAAGAUACCCCUCCACGCACCUUCCUUUGGAACCAGGGCUCCAUUGUCCGUGUCCCCACCCCCAUGUAUGCUGCACUGGGUUUCUUUCCUUUCUCCUCUUCAUUCUCUCCCUUUCCCAGGAGCUGAGGGCCUGUGUAGCCUCUGCUGCCUCGGGCUACAGUCUGUGGUCAGGGGUUCCAGGGUCCAGGACCCAGGAUCCAGGGUCCUGGACCAGACCUCAGGAGGGGUAUUGGGGGCUGCAGGGGCCCAGAAGCCCACCCUUUCUUUUCCCUGCCUCCCUCCACCCCUCCCACACUUACAGCCUGAGCCGUCCCACUGCAGUGGGGUCCUAGCACAGCUAGGACAGGUGGGUGGGCAGCUACGCUGGGUUUAUGUCUCUAGUGCAGAGGGAGCCUGCUCCUGCCGCCCCUGCCCUGCCGGAGUCAGGCCCAUGCACUGCCUGCCCACUGCGCCCCUUUGUCCCCAAGGCAGGUGGAGGCGGAGGGGAGGCCCACCUGUGCCAGAGGCCGGGCAUCAGCCUUAACCCUCACUCUGCCAGCAUCUCCCUUUCCCUGAGGCAGCACAUCCGGCUUAUUCUCCCUUCAUCCUCAAGCCUAGGGGGCCAGAGGCUCGUCCCUGCCGCUACUUCUCUGAAGAGUGUGGGUGCAACCCAGGGUUGGGGGACUUUCUGCUGUCCGCCCUUCCCACAGGAUCCUGGCUCCUGCCAUCUGGCACAGCUUCCUGCAGAAAACAAACCUUUGGUCUCUACCUAAGAAGCCAUGUCCCUUGUGCUGUCUCUUGCCUGUCCCACCUGUGCCCUGCCCUCCCCUCCAGCUUGUAUUUAAAUCCCUGGGCUGCCCUUUGGGGGCUCCUACUCCCAGGUUCCCCUCUGGUGUCAUGUCAGGCAUUUUGCAAGGAAAAAACCACUUGGGGGAAAGACUGAAAAGGACAAAAAAAAAAAGUCAAUAAAUUUCCACUGGC